UCAACCUACAGCAUAUUAUAGUAAUCUAUUCUAUAUAGAUAUAAUUUUCAUUCACAUUUUGCUUUCUCGGUCGCAUAGUGUAAAUAAUUAAUCUAGUCUAAUUAUUUUCGCCUUGCAACUACAUAUCACAGAAGUAAACAAUAAUGAGCAGUGUAAACAAAUUAUUUUGUAUCGUUUGGUAAAAUAAACUGAAGUUAUUAGGGCUUAGAAAUGGAUUCUAUUGCGUGCGAAUACGAAGAGGGUGAGAUUCCUAUAUGGCAAGAGCCUCGAUGUGAACCUCUAGGAGCACCUAAAGAGAACCUUUGUGAUGAAGCAACCCCCGAACAAUCGUCUGGUGACCGAAUACAUGCUUUGGAAGAGGAACAAGAAAUUCUAUCGUCGUCUGUAUUUUCGUUGACUUCGCACCUCGCACAGGUUGAAUUUAGACUCAGACAAAUUCUUAAGGCCCCUCCAGAAGAGAAAGAUUCUAUGUUACAAGCGCUCGAAGAGUUUACUUCUCGUGGAGUUGAUUCGAGAGAGGCACCCCAAGGAAGUACAGAUGAUGGCGCUUGCAGUGAGUGCGCAGAGUUAGAAAGAAAAAUACGCAGUCAGAGAGCAAAGCAAGCACGUUUCGUCGACAGAUUAAAAAAUCAACUUAAGGAGCUGGAAAGAUUUGCUGCUAGUUCAUCUAAACUUGACGAUUCUAAACAUAGAUCCCUUAUUGAGCAUCUACGAACGGAAAUCGACCGCAGUUUGGAAGAAGGUUGCCACCAACCUCUUACAACAGAUGAAUUACGACAUCAAAUUGACUGUGCAGUUCGUCAGUAUGCUGAUAGGCAGCUAUCAAAGGAUGAAAUUAUCAGCAAACUUCAAACUCAUAUAGAUGAUAUGCAACGUUUCAUUAAAACCAUGAAAAAUGAAGAAUUGAAUGGCAAACCACAGUCCAGUAAGUCGGAACCAAAAAAAGUGGGAAAGCCAAAUACUUUUGAUAAGAACUACAGUAAGAAUAAAGUUAACGAUGAGCUCAAAGCCGAAACUAUUAACUUGAUGAGGAAAGCUUCUACACUGAUUCAAAUAUUUACUGUAUCUCAAUUUGGUUGCUCGCCAAAUACAAAUAAAAGGUAUGAAAGUAAAUCGUCUACAUUAGUUACACAUUGGGGAAACUUAAGGGCUAAGUUAGAAAUGUCAAUAGAUGCUGUACUUCAUAUGGUGUCAAGAGAAAGAUUGUCCCAGUCUAUCAUUGACAGUUAUGACAGUGAAUCAGAAGAAGGUGGCAUAGUAAUUAAUGACGCUCCAUUGACUACAGCUGUUAGGCGUCACUUGGCUAUUAAUUUGAGGGAUCUACUUCAGCAUGGCCUUGUAGGGCAAGAAACAACCUCGCUGGUACCGAUUAUAGGCUGCUUUCCAGUUAGAAGAUCAUCAACGUCCCAAUCCAUUCACAUAUGGGAAGUUAUUUUACGUUACUAUGAUUUGAAUGAUGGUGAUCGUUUUAACUCAACUCCCGCAAGGAAACUAAGUCAAAGCUUUAACCUAGAUAUAGUUGGAGGAACGGCAAUAACCAAUAAACAGAGUUUGUUAAGUGCUAUCGGAGGUAUUCUAGCAUCUCACACUCCAUACAAAAGAAGCUAUGAUGCUCAUUUUAAAGCAUUUGUUUGUGCUGCAUUGAAUGCUCAUAAACUUGUUAUUUGGUUGAAUAUAAUAUUGAAAUGUAGGUCGCUAGUAGACUCCUACUACUCAUCCACAAGUUAUAUAGUUAAUACUGGAUUUCAAGAUGCCUUACAGAGUCUCGAUAGAUUAACGCCAUAUAAUUUUGAUUUGCCUGUUGACCUGGCUGUGAAGCAAUUCCAAAAUAUCAAAGAUGUAUUUAUGUAAGUUAAAAUUGCCUUCCAUAUUACUCUGUGCAUUUAUGUAAUGUGUAAACUGUAAACUCUAGUCCAAUAUUAUAAGUUUAAAUAGUUUUAGUUAAUGCAACAAAUCGUAAAAUUUUGCAUUCAUUGACUUGAUUAUUUUAUGUUUGAUCUGAUAUAUUGGCCUAUCUUUUUAGUCAAAGAGCUUUUUUAAUGUAUAGAUAUGCAUUUAGAUUUAAUUGUAAUAACUUGCAACCAUUAUUUAUACAGUUUACUGUUGUGUAUCUAUAUAGAAGAAUACUAUGUGAAUAAUAUUUAACUGCAAUUUUGUUACUAUAUUUAUAUAUUCAUAACUUAUUUUAGGUUAGUGCUUAUCAUUUGCUGCAGUUUUAUAGAUGUUACUUUGUAGGUCAGCUCAAACCUUGGCAUUGUAAAUAUACAAACAAAAUACAAGAUUAAUUUAUAUACAAUAUUUAACUCAAGACUUAGUGUUGUAUACAAUUGCUAGAACAAAUCGAAAAAAAGAAUAAUUGGUGUAUCUUUACAAAUCACUUCAUGUCACUUAAAAGGCUGGCAAAGCACCUGCAACCUCUAGUGUUACAAGUGUUUAUGGGCGGUGGUGACCACACUAUAUCAGGUGGCAUACCUGCUCCUUUACUUGCUCUGUCAUGAAACAAAUGUACUGAAUGCAAAAUUAUUAACUAUACCUACAUCUGAAUAUUAUGCAGGUGCUCAUGUUUUUUU